CAUUUGUUCGAGGCAGGGAGCAAAGUUCCCAUUCGUCUGUGGUAAUGUUUAACAGGCUGGUUUUGGGUGAUAUGGUAGCUACAGUACACAACCGUCACACAAGAGGAAAUAUCAGAAGCAUCAUCAAUAGUGUUCCUCCUCUCACAGCCUGUGGUGCAGUACCUGUCAGAAAUCCACAAAGUCACACUGAGCUUGGAACAAUGGCUUGACUGUUCUCUGGAAGGUAUGGACAACCUCAUCCCCUUGAUACUGCUGGCCUGUGUGGCUCAGGUGUUGAAUUCCCAGGUGCAGCUGAAUCCCAGAACCAUCACUUUGCUGCGAGGUGACACGGCCCGACUGAUCUGCAGCACAGCUGAGCCCUGGCAGGUGAUGGUGUGGAUCCUCAAUGGUGGCUCUGUGUUGACCAUCUCAGCCCAGUACGGUAUUCUCUCAAACAACCCCAAUGUGAACGCCAUUAACUGCUCCACCAAUCAGCUCUCCAGCUGGGAAUUUACACUGAAUAGAGUCCAGCGCAGCUACCAGGGGCAGGUGACCUGUGACCUCCAAAACAUCCAGAGGCAAACUGCCGAUCUGUUUGUUCAAGAGAGGGGUAAUGUGGCCAUCACAGGGGGGAACGUGACUGUGCUGAAGGGGGAAGAGAUCCUGUUCCAGUGCCUGGCUGUAGGCUGGUACCCAGUGCCCAGUCUGACUUGGCUUGUGAAUGGCAGAGAGGUGGACCAGAGUCAGUACAACAUCAGCACUGAAGGGCCUGUUGAUGUGGAUGGGCUCUACAACCUGACCAGUAACCUCAGCGUCCAGGCAGCAGAGAGCUCUCAUGUGGAGUGCCUAGCCUCUGUCUCUGCCCUCCCCACGCCCCAGGCCAGCAGUGUACGUCUGACUGUGGUUGCAGAGGUGGGUGUGGAGAAUGUAUGCGCCGACUGCGCUGUUCUAAUGGCAGUAACAGCCUCCGUGUCCGCCGUGCUCCUGCUCCUGCUGCUAAGCAUCUGCAUUGUCCUCUGUUACAUACGGAGGAGAAGAGCAAAAUCAAGCCUACCGGAGGCAAUAAGGAUAGACGAAUCAAAGAGCGGGAGAAGCUCCGUUGCCGAGGAGACCGGGGGGGAGGUCAACCUGGGAUACACCACAGAGGGCCACUCAGACGCUGGCCGCAGUGACCUCAUCGUCACUGGGGAAACCCACAGCCAGAUGAACUCCUUCAGCGCUCACAAGAUCCCAGAUGUUGUCUCUUCCAGUAACUUCUCGCUAACCACCAGAGAGAGUACUGCCCCAACUGACCACUGUGGAGAUGGCUCCAAGACAGUCAGAAGAAUGACUACGGUGUGAUCGUCGUAUGGGGUCCAAACAAGAUAUGCUGGAUUUUUACUGUUACAUUAGUGUAACAUUGCCAAUUAUGUUACACAACAUGCUUUUCAUGAAAUGUAUCACACUUUAUUAUACAUACUGUAGGUAUAUUCACUUGAUGUAAACUUUGUUGUUGUAUUGUCACUGCAUAUUGAGGAUACCUAAUCCCAUGGAAUGAACUCUCAACACAUUGUUUGUGGGGUUUUUGUGUUCACACAGUUUUUGGGAUCACACAGACCAAGACAUCAGAUGACUGACUCUCUCAUACAUUUUUGUUCUCACUCACAUAUUCUUCCCAUGUUUUAGGAGGAGUUGUUCUCUCUUUCUGACUGAAAACAACAGAUUCAUCUUAUAAGGUGCACACUGUGAUUGAUGAUUUGACUGUGUAAGAUUCUUAGUUUGCUGUAUAAUAGUUAUCGUCAGAUUGUGUAGGAUGUAUAGUGUUGUUUAAAAUCAAGCUAGCUGCGCACAGCGCUGUUGUCCUCAUUUGGGUAUCAAAUCAACUGUGGUAUAUUAGUGAUAUGGAUUAAGAAACACAAUAGCCUGGACCCCACUGAGUCAUGGGUUCAUCGUUGAUAUCUGUGUAAGCCUAUGUUAAUCCUCCUGUCAACAGUUACAUGGCCAACUCACCAUCAUCACAAUGCUCAGCUAGGUUUCACAUUUUCAUAGGUGACAGGGUUCGGAAAAGAUAAAGCAUGGGACAAUUUUCGGUGAUAUAGUGGCAUGGUUUCAAGACUUCCUUGUAAGUAGAUGUUAACCCGGCAGUUACAUGGGUCUGUAAUGACCAAUCAUCACAAUGGUCAAUGAUAAGGCCUGGGAAGUGAGUGACAGCAGGUGUUCUAGUGGCAUUUUCCUCCAGUUGAGGUGUUAUAGGAUAGGGAGGGAUACCUUCCUGUGUUCAUUGAUGAAUGAUGCCAACAUUAAUAAUGUAUGCUACCCCUUCCUGUGAAAAUGGAUACAAGUGACUUUCAACAAAACGGAAGACAAAAAUGGCUUUUUAUUACGUGAGAUAUGUAAACUUUCUCUUCAAAAGCUGCCUAUGAUAUAAAAAUAAAGCAUGUUCUAUAUUAUAAAUGUAUGUUACGCAAUACGACCAUGCUGGAUGGAACUCAAGGGAUUCAAUAAUGUAUGUAUUCAAUACACACUACUGGCAUUAACAGAAAGACCAUUGACUGUUUCUAUCUACCCCUGAAUAGAGUUAAGCAACCAAGGAGCAACCAAACUCCAGUUAACUGGCAGAGCCACAGUGUUCGGUCAGUCAUUGUCCCUCACAAAGGCGGAACCAGGGUGUCAUAAAAUGUUUAAUCUGAAAGAGCCAUUUUCACCAACAAUAGCUAGUCAGAGAACCUUGUUCCCCCCUCUUCCCUUUUCUUCAUAUAAUCAUUUUGACAGCUAAACCGUAGUCCAAUAUGUGUCAGCACCUCUCUCCUCGCCUCCUUAUAUCUCUAACUCAAUGAAUUCCCUUUUCAGGAGAGGAAACGGCUACAACAGCCAUGGAAAAGCUUGGAGUGGUAUGCUGCUGCUGCUCCUGUGAGAGAGAGGCUCAGCAAUGCAUUGGAAUGUGGAUAUUCUUGCAGAAGGGAUGAUAUCACAUUUGCAUUUUAUAAUGGUAAAGGAGAAUAGUCACGAGUGGCAGAGGUAUAUGAACCUGUCAUAGCAAUUCUAUAGUCAGACUGGCGUUACUGUCACUUACAGAGCCGGCAUGCAUAAAAAAUAAUGACAUGCCUAUGACUUCUAUCUCAGAGGUCGAGGCACUUGAUUUGUUACAUCUUUUAACAGCAUGGGGGUGGAAAGUGGCAAGGAAUGCAAUCAGUGGCUUAUGCUUUGUGAAUAGAAAACACACAGACAUCUCCGUGUAUUUAUGCAUUCUUAUAGGCCCAUUUAGCACAUUGAUUUGACUUGUCAGUGUCUGUGACCUUGGUGGAGAAGAAGGGGCCAGAAACACCACAGAGCAAAAUGUUUGGGCCCUGACCUUAAUACCUCUUUAUAUGCAGAUUAUGUGGUUUUCUACUCUAAUUUGUCUAUCUGUAAAUGGUACAGUAAUUGUAUCUGUGCAGCCUGUAGUUUGAAGAUUCCACUUGGUGUCAGAGAGUGAGUGACAACUUUUAAUAGAAAGUAAAUGAAAGACAUAACAUCCUUAUUGGGUGGUGUUUUGUUCACUGCAAUUCUAUUUCACCAGAUGGGUGAUAGUACAGAUCUUCUCCUUCUUAAAAAUCCCAUAAUGCCUGUGCCUGAGAGGAAAGUGGCCUAGCCCUAACGUGUUUGUCCCAGCCUUCUGUUUUUCCACACCAAACGCCUGCCGUGCCAUCAAAGCAGCGGCUAUUAAAUAAAUUAAACAUC